CCUUAAAAGUGUGAAUACAAACAACCUUAACACCACCUCAUCCAUAACAUGCCCUUGCCCUUGGUGUUCAAAGGGGAUUGUCUAUCUUCUGGUUUCCUGCUUCUACUAGAAGAGGUACUCCUAACUGUAUGUUUGUACUUUGUACAGGUUAGAUCAACCUGUUAAUGGGUUGUUGAGUUCUAGGGUUUCUGCGCAUUGUAAAAAGGAAGAGGAGGAAAAUGAUUAUCAGGACCCCACCGUCACGGAAGCGUAGGGUGGAGUCGGAGGUGAAGUCCGUCGAGGACAAUAUCCCCGUUUCAAUUACUCAGCAGCUGGUAACCUUUGAGGAUGAACCUUCGGCACUGGAAUCAUCUCAGGACCAUCAUUUCACCUCCGAACAGAUGCUUUGCACUUACCAAUGCCGUCAAAUGGUGAAGUCAGAGUUUUUGGAUGCCUUGAGCAGUGCAGAGAAGCAAGCACAAGAUUAUCGUUCUCAGUUUGAAGCUUUAAAUGAUGAAUUGCGCAAAGCUGCUGCUGAAAGGAAGACCUUCCGUGAUCAAUUCCUUUAUACUGAACAAGAGCUCGCUGCUGCUAAAGGACGCGAAGAAUCUCUUAAAGAGCAGCUCUUGAAGGAGAUUGAUUCUUCUCAGGAAAGGCUUACAAAGCAACUUCAGCUAUACAGUGAACUUGAGCUGAAGUUUCAACAUGAAAAGAAUCUUCGUGCAAAGGCAGAGUCUGCAGCUGCUGCUGCUGAAGAAAAAGCAAGCCUCAAUGAGAGAAAAUUCAUUAAUCUUUCCGAAAACGUAGAAAGAGAGAGGAAGCGCCUGCGUAAUGAACUUGAAUUGCUAAAAACAGAAUCCACGUUUUCAAUCUCCAGCUUAAGUAAAAAUCUUGAAAGAAUGGAGUGCAGAGCUGUGAAUGCCGAGCAAGAAUCACUCAUACUAAAGGGACAGCUGCAAGAUCUUAGAGUGCGACUGAAUGAGUGCAUGGAGCAAAAAGGGGAACUGGAGAAGAAGCUGUCUGGUUUCACCAUUCAAGAAAGUUCUUCCAAUGGUAAUGAUAUUUUGGUCAAGCAUCUGCAAGAUGAACUAAGGAACUAUGAAGCUGAAGUGCGUGAAGCUAGAAAGCUAAAAUCAUCUCAUGAGAACAUUGCGAUAUUGAAGGAAAAAUUACUUGAAGAAAAAGGUAGAAGGGAUAGGGCGGAGUCAGAGUUAGUUAAACUAGCAGAUCUAGAGGUGACUGUUAAAAAGCUGGAGGAUGAACUGUCUACUUGGAAGUCAACAUUGCUAGAUUUACCUGGUGUCUCAUGUGCUGAUGAUAUACCUCAUAAGUUUGCCUCUCUACAAAAAGAGGUUCUUGAUAGCAUGGAAAAAAUGGGUGAGGCUCAGGCAAGUUUGAAAGAAAUGGAGGUGGCUUUGGACACUGCAAAGCUUGAUAAAAGCAUGUUUCAAACUGAGUACAACCUGGCAAAGGAAACAUCUGAAUUAUUAAAGUCAGAGUUGAAGAGGACUGAAUUGAUGCUUGCUUCCGCUUUAGAUGAAAGAGAUCGGUUAAAGCGUAUGGUUGAUGAGCUGAGGACACAAAGUAGCAUGGGUGCUGGCAUUGAGAGCUCCACUGGAACUCUUGUUCAGGAGCUGGAAGCAGCUCUGGCUAAGAAGGACAGUUGUAUAAUGGAACUUGAGAGCAGUUUAUCCGAACAAAGGGGGGUUAAUAGUCGUCAGCUUAAUGAACUAAAGUUGAUGAAUGACAGACUGGGCAAUGAAGCAAGGAGAAUAAAAUCAUUAGAGAGAGAAGGUGACCGGUUACGAUCUGAGAUUGCUCUAUUGGAAUCCAAGCUAGGACAUGUCGAUUAUUCAUCAUCAAAUACAAAGGUUCUGCGAAUGGUUAACACUGUUGGGGCAGAUAAUGACACAAAGAAGCUAUAGAGGUUCUGCAGAACGAGCUACAGAAGACCAAGGAGAAGUUACAGGCUGUUGAAGAGUUCAAGCUGUUGUGUUGAUUUCAUUCAAAAAAUCAACAAUUUCACAUAAUUUUAUACAAUUGUAAUGUCACAAAUUAGUUAAUCCUUUUUAAAUCACGUUGACAAUCAAUGUUUGUUACUUCAGCUUGUGAUGAUGAUCAGCAGUGUGCAGAUGGAAUUCCAGUGACAGAACUUGCUCUCAGUAAGCUGGACUGCUGGACUUCAUAAAUGCUUCAUUACCCCGUCACCUUUUGUUCUUCCCAUCUCCGUUUUAACUUUUAACUUUUAACCAUGUGAAGUUGUCAGGUCGAGACUUAUUCUAAAAAAAAAGAAUCGUAUCAACCACACAUAUUUCCAUAAAGAAAUGAUAACUUUUUGGGCCAAGGAAAAAGGAAGUGUUAAAAACAUUUAGGCUUUGUUUGGGAGUUGAGGAGAGUGGAUGGGAACACUUCGAAGGGGAAUGGACAGAGGGGGGUCAGAUCUUGUUUGUAUCUAAGUCUAACAAAUUCAGAGGAAAGCAUUGGAUGGAUGGUUUACAUAUAAAUUACAAUUUCUCCAUCUAAUCAUUAUGUGGAAUUGGAAUGCAAGCUUCAUC